AUUUUUUUCGCAAUGAGAAAAAUAUUCUGACUGUUGAGUGACAAUUAACUGAUUCUUUUAAAUUUGUGUUCUUCAUUUAACUUGAUUUCUUUUUAUUAUGGAUAAUUUUGAAUACAAUGACUAUUCAAAUUAUUCCAACCAAGGGUUUGAAGGUGUUUAUUCCCAAUCUUGGCGUGAAAAAGGGAAUGAUGAUUCAGUUUGGCAAAAACUAAAUGAACUUAAAAAAGAUUUGGUGAGAUUUUUGAGAAAACAUCCAGAUCAAUUUGAAUUCCAAAAGAAUUGUACUUUCGCGAUCCGGGAAAGGGUUCUAUGGCUGCUUAACCUUUUUAUGAAUUCUAAGAAACCGAUUGGCAUUUUAACCCGAAGCAAAUGGGGUAAUGUUCUUCUUGACGAAAAAUUGGGUGUCCGUUUGAAAGAAGAUAUUGAAAUAUACAACCUCAUUGGAAAAGAGAAAAGGGGUCGUAUGUUGGCCCUUCUUUGUAGAAUUUUUGUCAAUAUUAAUUCUAAUGAUUUCGCUACUAAAAGAGAGCUUUACUAUAGAGAUAAAAAAAUUUAUGAAAAACAGGCCAAUUGUGACUCUUCGAUUGAAGAUCUAUGUUGUAUUACCCAUUAUUCCCGAAAAGAAUUACAUAUACUCUCUUGCCCAAAAGGUUCAAUCUAUGGUAGAAUCGAAUACAAGUUGGACAAUAUCACUUACAACUGUAUGGAUUAUAAAUAUGGUUUAACCAUAUCUCCAGAUAUGAACGAAAUGCAGGAAAUUAAAACUGACGCAAGGUUCAUUUUAGUAAUUGAAAAAGACGCUACUUUCCAACAUCUGCUGACCCGACGAGUCGUUGAUAAAUUUCCAGCUAUUCUCAUAACUGGUAAAGGUUUUCCUGACGCCGAGACAAGACGUUGUGUCAAAUUUUUAUCAACUAAAUUGAAAAUACCAGUUCUUGGAUUGGUCGAUUGUAAUCCAUGGGGAUUGGAAAUAUUCUGUAUCUAUCGGUUCGGCUCCUUGGCGAUGGCACAUGAUGCCAUGCAUUGUACUGUCAUGCCUUCAAAAUGGUUAGGACUUUUACCAACAGAUUUGGUUAAAUUCAAUAUAUCUAUAGAUCAAACGGAAGAAUUAAACGAAAGAGAUUUAGCCAAGAUAAACUCACUUAAACGUCGACCUUAUAUCACACAGAACAAAGCGUUAUUGGAUGAAUUAGAGUUCAUGUUGAAGAAUAACCGUAAAGCUGAACUUCAAGCUUUAGUAAAUGUUGUCGAGACUUAUCUUCCAAUCAAGAUAAAAGAAGGCUCUUGGAAAUGAGACCAAGAAAACUAAUAAUUUUUCAUUCCAUUCUACUGAAAAUCAAAAUUCAAUCAAUUCAAUUGAAAUUUAUGGACAUUAAAAUAAAAGUCAAGAAAAAAAUGUUAA